AUGAACACCUGGUCAAUCGUAAAUCGGCCAGGACGAAAGCCAGCUUGCUCGUCGCACGUUGUUUCUUUGCGAUGUUUAAUGAAAGAUCGAGAAGGUUGGGCAGAGCUGUGUUCAAGGACGCCACACCUCGGCGAAGACGCGUCAGGCGAUGACAUCAGCACGCCGAUUAAGUCAAAUUCAAAACCGCAGGAAAUGAAGUGGUCUUUCAUUCUUUGCUUCAUCGCUUUGAUCUGCGCAGGAGUCCUUGAGACUGUUGCUGGGGAUUCGAUAAACAGACCUUGGAUGGGCGGUUUCCCCACAGAUUCACCAGCACCACAGUAA